AUGCUCACGCGUCUCCUAGACACCGUCACGGCCUUCCGCCAGCAACACCUCGCGGCCUUCCACCUGUUCACGGCCGCAGUUGUCUGCGCAUCGGUCGCCUGGGCGGUUCUCGAGUUCUUCAAGCCGAUAGGCAAGCGAAGGGCGAAGAAUGGUACGAAACCGAGGCUGCCUCCGGGUCCCCCCGGAGCACCCCUCUUUGGCUAUUUGCUCGAUCUGAAGAAGGCGGAUGGCCCUUCGCUGAGAUCAAAGCUCCGAAACCUGGCAGCGUACGGCGAGAUGACAACGCUGCACCUCGGGUCGAAGACAUGGGUGCUUCUCAACUCGCACCGCGUCACCGAGGAGCUGAUCGCCAAGAGGGGUAGCCAGACGAACACGCGGUCCCCCAUGCCGGUAUCGAGCGGCCUCGUCAGCCGGGACCGGCGCUCGCUGCUGCUCCCGGCGGACGAGUGGGCGGAGCGGCGGCGGGUGAUGCACGGGCUCCUGAACGGCACGGCGCUGAGGCAGUACGGCGCCUGGCAGGAGCAGGAGAGCGCGCAGAUGAUGGCCGAGUACGUCCUGCGGCCCGACAGGUGGUACAAGCACCACUAUCGCUACGCCAACUCGGUCGUGGUCCGGAUCGCGCUGGGCGAGCGGCCGCACAAGUCCACGAGGGAGCUGGAGGAGAUGCAGAACGCCGUGACCUUCUUCGUCGGCAGCAUCGGACGCAGCAUCGUCGACUGGUUCCCGGACCUGGCGCGUCUGCCGCGCCGCCUCCAGGUCUGGCGACCGUACUGGGCGGCGCUCGGCCGCUGGAACCACGACCUCUACAGCAAGUGGUACCACCCCGUCAGGGACAGGGUGCGCGACGGCACGGCGCCGCCCUCCUUUGUGCGGGACCAUCUCAUGCACCCGGACACGCGGUUCAGGGGCGACGACGACGACCUCAUGUACGUGGCCAUGCAGCUGAUCGAGGCCGGCAGCGACACCACGCGCGAGGCCCUCAACAUCAUGGCCAUGGCGGCGCUGGAGCGCCCCGAGGCCUUCGCCGCGGCCCGCGCCGAGGUCGACCGCCUCUGUGGCGCCGGCCGCGACGCCAGGCUGCCCGUCCUUGCCGACAUGGCAUCGCUGCCCUACGUCUGCGCCAUGGCCAAGGAGAUCCUCCGCUGGCACCCCAUCUUCCUGCUCACGCCUGACCACGUCGCCUCCCAGGACAUCGAGUUCGAAGGCUACUACUUCCCCGCCGGCACGGGCUUCACCAUCAACGGCGUCGCCGUGUGCGACGAGUGCGACGACCCGCGCGUCUUCCGGCCCGAGCGAUGGCUGGACGGCCACGAGACCGACAUCGCCCACGGCCUGUGGCAGUUUGGUGGCGGCCGCCGCAUCUGCGUCGGUUACCGCCUAGCGCAGCGCAGCCUGUUCAUCAACAUCGCCCGCCUAGCGCAACCGAACGGCCCCUAUAACCCCGAGUACCUCAACCUGGAAGCCCUGGACGAGCCAUUCCCCGUCAAGGCGACGAUCCGCGGCGAGGAAUACAAGGCCCUGAUUCUUAAGGAAGCAGAAGCGGCUGGCGUUCUCGAAGAGGCCGGCUCAGCGAGCGAGUAG